UCCUACUCCUUACUCCAGCUUACUCCAUGUAUUGUAGACCAGCCUUUAUUUAAAACAAGCGGAAUGACUGGUGUGACAAAAUUGAAUGCUUAACAAACGUUCGCUCGAACGCGCAACGAUAACCGUGCGUCGACGACGAAAAUUGACGGCCUCGUAUCGGCCGUGCCUACCCGUGCGGAGCCGAAGCGAGGCCGCGGCGCGCGCCAAGCGAAGGCCGGGGAUCUCCCGCGAGUUAGUAGGGGGUAGAACGCCGAGGGUCUCUCUCUCCCCCUUUUGCAAACGGCGCGGCCGCCGCCGCCGCCGCCGCCGCCGAAGUCCGGACACGGCAGUGCUCGGCUUGCGCAGCAGCGUGUUACGUCGCGCGGUAGCUCUACCGAGGGAGAGACCCCGUGUCCGGUGGCGUAGCGUCGUCGGAAGCCCCGCCGAGUCUCGGGCGAGCCCGUCCGCGGCCCGCAACGACGAGUCUCGCGUGAGCGUAAUCGCUCGCGGGGCGCGUUGGGAAAAAAGGCAGGCAAAAGAGGGAGCGGAAGGUGUUGGCGCGCGCGCGCGCUCGCGCAGCGUGUGUAUGUGUCGAAUUCUCGGGGAAGAUGGCCCCGUCGUGCUUCGAGGUGAUCCUCGUCGGCUUCCUCCUCGUGCUGCCGUUCCUGUACGAGACCAGCCGCACCUUCCGCUACUACUUCAAAUUCCUCAUCUACUACGGCGUCGUGAUGGUGAACGCGGCCCUGCUCAUGCCCGUCAUCUCGCUGCGGCCCGGCAACGUCAAGAAUUUCCUGCUGGCGUCGUCGCUAUGCCAUCACAUUAGCACUCUGUUAGGUCUGCGAUGGGAGCUGCGAGGAAGGGAGCACUUGGAGAAGAACAGGGCUUGUAUAAUUGUGGCGAAUCACCAGAGUUCGCUGGACAUAUUGGGCAUGUUCGACAUUUGGCCGGUGAUGGACAAGUGCACCGUCGUCGCCAAGAAGGAGAUCUUCUACGCGUGGCCGGUCGGCCUGGCCGCGUGGCUGUGCGGCCUGAUCUUCAUCGACAGAAUGAACUCCGAGAAAGCGCGAUCCGCCCUCAACACCGCCACGAAGGAGAUCACGGAUAAGAAGAUCAAGCUGUGGAUAUUCCCCGAGGGCACCAGGCACAACACCGGCGAGAUACAUCCGUUUAAGAAGGGUGCCUUCCACGUCGCGAUCAGGUCGCAGCUGCCCAUACUACCAGUUGUAUUCUCCUCCUAUUAUUUCUUGUCCGCGGAAGAGAAAAGAUUUGAUGCCGGACGCGUUCUUGUGACGACAUUGCCGCCCAUCUCGACCGAGGGACUCGGUACGGACGACGUGGAGGGAUUAAUGGAAAAAACACGAAGCGCCAUGAGCGAGGUGUUCCACGCGACGAGUCGCGAGAUCCAGCUGUCCCUUCCUGUCCGGUAAGACGUACAUCGAAUGACCGUCAUUGGACUGUAACGAACGAGCUCGUCUUACGAAAACGAGCGAGUAAGUUUACAAGAUUCUUCGCGAGAGUAUUAGCGAAUAAGCCUACACGCGGGAACCAAAGACUAAGGCGUCCAAUUAGCUAACGUCCUCUUACUGUGUUAUUGGUAUUAUGAUGUAAUAUCUUAGUUUGUAUUUUAAUACCUCUCCAACUUAGAGAAAGUGGAGUAUAGCGUACAAUACCCGUCUGUAUUCUUCUUCUUAAUAUAUUUUUAUUCAUUAUUGCGUAAAUCGCGCGAGAAUGUAAACGGCUCUUCAGUAUUCGCGAUUAAGUUGUCCAGUAAUUUUUAUUGAUGUACAAAUACAUCGUUUGCGACGCGCGAAGUUUAUGGACGAUUUAGUUUGCCGCAUAGAACGAACGUUUUCGUUUGGAAAUAUGCAAUUUCAAACGGAACGAAAGAAAAGUGCGUGUGAUAAAAUAGAUGUACAAUCGGAAGGAUUGUAUGCGUCGCUGAAGAAUUAUAAAUCUCUUAAUUAAUUAGACGUAAUUUGAAGGGACUGUAUGCGUGAAAUAUGCAGUAAACUCUUUACCGCGAAGAGAACGAAGGGAAAAAAAGGACUUUCGAUAUGUACAUCAUGAUUUUUCAUAGAGUUACGGAUUGUAAAUAUGAUUCGUUAGAAUGCAUUUUUGCAUAAAUUGUGGAAACAUUGUUAACGUUUAUAUUUAACGGUUUGUACUAAAUUCCAUUAGGUAUAUUUUGCUAUGUAUGAGAUACGCUUGUACAUUCCCACUCGUCUGUUUUAUGCUUCCACUGAUUUCCAUAUGAUUGUCUGUAUAAAGAGAUUAAGGUACAUAUAAUUAUAGGAGAAGUGCACUUUAAUUUUAAAUAUUUCAAGAAAACUUCGAAAACAUUUCUUUCAAAAUGAUUUUUCGAACGGACAUCGUGAAAUUUCACUUCGGUCGUUGAUUGACUCGUCAAUGUUAAUCGAGAUAAUUGUUCAUAAUCGAGAUAAUAAGAAAAACAAUAUUUUAACCGGAAGAUAAUGCAUUAAAUCUGAAGCACAUUAUAGUCACUUUGUGCUGCAGUGUACAUAUGUUUACAUCUACGAUUAGUUAUGAAUGCGAUAUCGCGAUAAUAUAGUCGUGAUCGGCGCGUGGUAAUCUUUUCGACAUUAAAGUUUAAUCCUUGGGCAUUCCUCAAAUGAUAUGUUGCACCUUCAAAUAGAUACGUACUAUCGCAUGGUGCGUCUCUGUUCUCUAAAACUCGUAACGUAGGUAAGAUGCGAGUAUCCUACAAUUAAGGCAACAUCUUUUACCUUAUUUUCCAAACGGUGUUCAGUUUAGCGUAAUUUGCGUGAUGCUUUUCUAACGGCUCGUCAUAUUUGAAUAUAACUAACAGCGGCGGCAACCGACAAAGAAAAUCUAGUUGAUGGCAAAGAAAAGCAUUACGCAAACUGUGCUUAUAUUUUUCUUCCACGAGAAACUCAUUGCUAAGAGUCAGAAUAUGUACUGUCAAAUGUAUUCACUGGCAUGUGUCUCGUCUUUCGAUAUCGUAAAAAAGAAAAAGCAACGUAUGCGUUGGUUGCAAAAUCAUAAACGCUUGCUCAUAGUCGCAAACACUAACUAUCAUGUAUGCGACGAUCAACAUGAUCGUUUGCGCGACUUCCGCACUGUAUGACAGCGUUUAUGUUUAUGCUCUGCGUCAAAUAUCAAUUUUCUUGUAAGCUGCAACGAUCACACGAUACUCGUAGCAUAAUCCGAACGAGAGCCGUUUUGUUUUUUGUUUAGCCGUUAAGAUGGGAGUAGUACAUCGCAUUGACUUUCACAACAGCUUCCUGUAAUUUUUAAAUGGGUAUAUUCAAGUAGAAAAUUUGUGCCUAAGUGUAUUAUACAAAUGCAGAUAAAUAUCUCGAGACUUCGAUUACCUGAUCAGUCGAAUAUUUCUUACAGCGCGAUUUCUAAACGUUCACGCACGAGCGAUCCAUGUACGAAAAUUGGUGAAAUUUGAAAAUUUAUGUUACGACAGUGUGCUACGUUAUAUGUAUUUUAAUCUAUUCGGAAAAUUUUUAAUCUUGUUUGUCAAAUUUGGUUUGUGCCACGCGAUUUACGUUAACGUGAUCGUGCGCGCAGCUGACUACUUUUAAAUGCGUAACACGAAUUGAAUGUGAACGGCUCGUAUAACAAAACGUGUACCCUUUUAAGUGUCGUUUUUAGACUGUGUAAGACUCAGCGUAUACUCUCCUUGUUGCGGCUGUUAUAUAUUACUGUAUUAUUAUAUGAGAUGUACGUCAUGAUGAUUAAGCUGCAGGGGGAAUAUUUUUAUAUCAUGACCAAAAUGAAUUGAGGUGUGUAGCCGUUACGAAUAAUCUUGUUUGUUAAAUCUUUCUUAGUCGAAAAGACGUUUCGAUAACGUACUAAUACUCGAAAGCAUCGCGACAUCGACAUCCGACAAAGAGACGUAAUUAACGAAGAAUUGCUAUUUGGAAUUUCGAGAUUAAUCGAUCGUAGUUCACAAUCAAGUGAACGGAACACUUUUGAACGAAUCGAUCGCGUUAGUGUUAUCUUCCUGAUUGAUAAAAAAGAAAACGCACAAUUUUCAAUCGUACGCCGUUGACGCUGCGUUUUAAUAUACGAUUUCUAGCGUAAUCGAAUAAUGUUUCGUGCAUAAAUAAAUAGACAAUUUGGAGUAAAAAUUUUUGCAAUUUAGAAAAACCUGAAAAAAACUUUUCUUUUUCAAAUCUACAGAUAUUAUGUCGACGUCUAUCCUUCUCGAGAAUAGCAUAAGUUUCAUUGUCGAUUUAUCGGCAUGUAUCGAUAAUUAUGUAAAUGAUUGAUUGCAGAUAUAUGUAUAAGGAAUAUCUGAGGUUCACUUGAAAGUCACUUCAAAAUGUCUUAACGACGUUAUUUAACGAGAACGUCGUUCACUAACGAUUUAUCAUCUCAGUGCCAAUUUGCAAAGAAGCAGCAGUCACGCGAUAGUUUCAUAGAUAACGUAUCAUUCCAUUUUACCCUGGUAGACGCGGAACUUAGAUUUGAGUUCUUUUUUUAACUGCAAGCGUAUUGAUUGAUUGUUUUACGAGAGAACGCCGCGUAAAACAAGCGUAGCUUAUUAUUCCAAAGAGUUUUGUACUCGGGCUGUGCAUUUGUCAUGAUGUAAUAUUAGCAUAAAUCAAUUGAUCAUGGUAUUCGAUUGAACACUUAAUGAAUGUUAAACGACAUCGCAGGCAGGAUUUAACGAACUGUUGCAUCUAGGUCACGCAAACCCUUUAUUUGUCUGCGAAGCGCGGUCCACAGCUGAUCGGGCUCGUCACAGACGUUUUGUAUAUUCUAUCGAUUACAAAUAAUCACGAUGUAAAUUAAAAGAUGGUUUGCAAAGUGCAAGAGCAGAUAAUAAAGAUACCUGAUUUUAGUUAACC